AUGUCCGCAGAGAUAAUCGCAAAUCCGAACGCACUCGAGGGAGCAGCACGUCUAAAGGAGAACUUAGGCGAACGACCAAGAACUCAAGAACGAGCCUGUGUUACCAUCGGUACGCAUCGUGUACAGAUACAUCAUGUAUGUACAUACAAGGAGCUUACGUACAAAGCUAAAUACGUAUUGGCAGUCACCACGUUGCCUGUCGGCUUUGUGUACGUACCAUUACAAUCGAUAAAAUUGCAUUCUACGUGCACCUCAAGGAUUCUUACAGGCGAAGACUUUUUAGGUUUCUUUAGUGAUCCACCGCAAGGACCCUUUGAUGUUUAUCGGGUGCCUGUAAAAUUUCGUCAAGAUGUGAAAGGACGCCAGAUUCUCGCUGGACCUCCUGAUCAAUUAUUCGACAAGAAAUUUGAACGAAUUUUUGAAGGCGAGGCACUCACGGAGCUAUGGCGCGACGAGGCGAGACAGCGCAUGAUAGACGAGAAGAGGAAGAUUGGUGGUCGCAUGCUACCGACAUCACCAUCGAAGAAGCACUCGUCGCCGGGAGACUGGUAUGGAUGCUUUGCUAAAUCUUCUUACUUCAGCCCACAGUCGGAGGUGGAAGCGAGAAGAAAGACGCCAGUUCCACCUAAUAUGAAGAUCAAGCCCAAUCCGCUCGGAGGCCCAGGCUACGCGGAUAUUUGCUUGAGUCCUUAUCCAUCCUACUCUCAUGAGCCUUACGAUCGUAUCGAAAGAGUAGUUGGUAAAAAAGUGGUGUCUGAAGGCCGAUUCUUGACGACUAGUGCGCCAUUGAAUUAUUUCCCUCCCAAUCCGUACGUGGAUGAGGAACCAGGGCCCACUUACGUCCGUCCGGUCGAGAUUGCAAGGAAGACACUUGGUACUGCGCGAUUCCACAUCCCUUUCCCCAAGAAACCCGGCGGAAGUCACGAUGGUUGCUUCAGCAAGUUUCCAGAGUACACGAGCGAUCCUUAUGUUAAGGCUAAGGAUAAAGUUCCCGCCAAGCCCAAGUUUAUAAGCGGCGGACCGUUUCAACGUACGAAAUAUACGAACAGUGUUAUCGCGCAGAUAACGAAAAUAUCGUGCAACGCUCGCAAUUACACGAAAUAUCGAGAACGAGCGUAUCCUAUGCACUGAGAAAAUCUUUUUAAUUGCUCGGAAAUUGCACUCUCAAACGUCUCUCUUUUUUUUUUCAUUAUUAGGAAGGAACUUUCCUCCGUAAUUAUCAGUCGUACUAAGAAAUUAAUUUAAAAUAACUAGAUUUGACGUUACUGCCUUUGACUCUUACUCGUACAUCUUAUAUGCAUUUGUUGCGUUUGUACAAUAUCGCUUAAAUAAAUUAUGAAUAAGUGAAGAAUAAAAAAUUUGAUUUAUAUAAUUACGAUGCUGAAUCUGCGUAUUAUUCUUCAAUAAAUGUUAAGAAAUUUUUUAACUUUAACUUUAAAAAUUAUAUAAUUGAUGAACUAUAUCUUAAUUUUAUCCUAAAUCCCGUAGAAACUUUCGGAAGGCUUUGAAUGCAUUUCUAUUUUAUUGCAUCCGCAAUGCAUGCCGUUUUGUACUGGCGAAGCCAUCAGGUUCUGCUAUCGCGUUUCCGUCGCUUUACGAUGUUGGGCCGACAAAUCGCUUUUCAGGAAUGGCCAGCGGCCAAGUACGCCUGUAACAACAUUCAGGCGGCAGUCGAGCCCUUUCAAAGCGAAUCACCCUUCGAUCUUACGGCUCUAAUGAAAUUCUAAUGAAUGUUCUAUCACCAUUGUCGUGGGAGUCCAUUCUCGGCAAUCUUAAUUAAAUGCUCCCAAUAAGCAUCGUGUCUUCGCGCGACACGAUCAUUGAGGCCGACAGCAAACAGAAGACGCAAGAAAGUGAAAAAAAAGAAAGAUGUACUUCGUAUUUGGCUUAUAGGGAUAAGCAAGACCGCGUAAUUAGCGGGAUGUUUUACUUGUCGCAAAUGAAAAAAAAGCUUUUUUUUCCGACAGGACAAAUAUUGACUAAAAGUAUUCAAGAGAGAAUCUGGAAAAGCAAUGUUUAGUUUUUGAUCGAUGCAGCCAUUAUGCAGCAAAAUUAACUAGUUGAAACGUUUUAGAUUUUGGAUCAAUCUCGUAAAUUGUGAGUGUCGACUUAAUACAGAAGUUACACAGAUGCAAAUUCGAUUUCACUAAUCAAACGAGAUCGCAGAAUAAUUUCAAAUAAGGCAAAUAAUAAUUAAAAGCCUAACAAAAAAGAUUUUUACUGAUGAAUGAAUUGAUUUUAUGCAUUCCGUGUGAUUUUACACAUGAUUUUAUACAGUGUAGAUGCAAAAUAAUAUAUAAACAGAGCACUAUACACUUAGUAACCAUAUAUUACUGGACCGUGCAUUCAUAUAAAUUCUACAUAAUUGAAGCGGGCGAAAAUUCGUCCGGUUCAUGCAGAAAAGCCCUCUACAUGCUAUAUAUCCUAGAUAUUUACUAAUGUUAUGUUCUCUCUACUAAAUAUUUAUGCGCAUGAUUAUGUUCUCUCAUUAUACUCUGAACAGAAUAUAAUGAUGUACACUAAUUUUACAUUAUUGACCCCGCUUAUGUUUGACUGUCCUCCUGCAUCUCCUUAAGAAUUGAAAGUUAUUUCUUGAUUGAGCCACUUUUUGGUGCUUAAUAAUAAUUUUUAUGUAAAUUUAUAUAAUAAUAAUAACAGUAACAAUAUUAAAUACACAUUUCGUCUUUAAUAUAAGUAUAUUUUGCCUACAUUUUUUCAAGAAAAAAAAAAUACAAUUAUAAUUUACAAAAUUUAACAUUUUUCUUAUUUAAAAUAUAAAGAAUAAGAAAUUAAGAAAAUCUAAACUCUAAAAUAUCCAAAGAAAUAAUUCAUUAAUGCAAAAAAUUACUGUUCAUGUAAUAACAAAAUUGAUAAUUUUUUCCCCGAAAAAAAAAAAAAA